GCUGGGGGCAGGCUGCUGGCCGGCUGCACGGCGCUGCGCUGCGUGGGCUAGCGGGCGUCCCCAGACCAGACCAGACCAGACCAGACCAUGGACCACGUCCCGCUCAGCUGACUGCGAGACAUGCUAGGGGAAUAUGCACAAGAUAACUAAAGGCCUGAAGAAGAAGAAGAAAGCCAAGAAGCACAAGAAGGAGCAGGAGCUCUUCGACGCCGAAGAACUCGAGCGAUAUCGGCGCGAGCACCAGGAGUCGGGCUCGGGCCAGCAGGGCGACGGCGCCGCAGCGGACGGCGAGGCGGAGCCGGACACCGAGGAGUGGCGCCGCUACAAGGCGCUCACCGCCGGCGUCGACAGCAUCCUCAAGAAGACCCAGGGCGACCUCGACCGCAUCAAGUCCACCAGCUACUUCCAGCAGAAGCCCUCGCCCGGAGCCAAGCCGCCCGCCGCCCCGGCCGCCGAGCCGGCGGACGACCGCAAGGCCAAGAGGUGGGUGGGGUUCGAGGACGCCUCCGGGGGCAUCGACGACGAGCCUGAGGAGCAGCACGAGGACGCUGGGUCGCCGCAGCACGCGGAGCUCCCCGGGGCCCGGGCGGAGCCCGCGGACGAGCAGCCGCUAGACGAGGACGACGAGGAGGAGGUCGACGAAGACAUCUUCGACACCUCGUACGUGGACGUCGUCACCAGCGGGGAGAUCAAACUCGCCUACAUACCGGACAGUCCGGCCGACGACGCCGCGGAUGCCUUCGAUCCAUUCGACACGUCCAUAGCGGAGAGUGUAAUCAAGGAAGAGGAGCAGGAGAAGGCCAAGAAGAAGAAGCUUGUAAGCUUGGGGUGCGCGGUAGAGGUCCUCACCGGCAAGGGAAGCAGGACCGUCACUUGUCCGCCCCUAGAGGCAGUUAAGAAGCGACGAGCCGUUUCUCGGCGGCCUCAGGACAUCAACCUUCUGGGAAGCUUCGACGAGGGCAACGCAGGAGAUGUGAGUGAGACUGCGCAGCCGACUUCUCCACCUGUAAAGAGUCUAAUUGACGACGAUAACUUCGAUCACUUGUGUACCAACACUAGUUUUACAAGUUCACCUUGCGUGGAUCUAGUCAAAACUUCGACACCUUCGACGACAAAAGUUUCAGGUGAGGUGAUCGCGAGAAGUUUAGCAGAAGAGUUCGAACUAACUUUGACCUCAGGAGUCGACGUGCCGAGUCUAGUAGACGCUGAAGUAAGCCGUGUUUCGCCCGUUCUAGCGGUCUCCAGUGUCACAGCAGAAGAUGAUUUAGAGGACGAAUUCGCCGUAUUAGCUGCAGAAUCUGCUGCCAAAUCGAGACGUGAAAGUUUUGAGCCCAGCAGUGACAUAAGUGUAGCAGAAGAUCCAUUCGAUACUUCUACUGUAGCGGGAGCUGUAGACAUCAAUAACAGGCAAAAAUCAGGUGGUGUAACAGCCAGUUGGGAUGCUUUCAAUGAUGUUUCCGAAGGAAUAAAAACAGAAAAGUCUGUACCUAUUAAACCAAAACCUCACCGACCACCUAUCACUUACAGUGCUCAAGGAUCUUUAGAUGACAAGGUAUACAAUUUAGAUAACGAAUUAGACUCAGACCUUAGUGUGUAUGCACAGGACCCUUUUGACACAUCGUUUGCAGAAAAUAUUUUACCAGGCGAAAUAGAGCUUAAACUUAUAGAGAAAGAAAUAUUAGACUCGAAAGACUUAGAAAUAAACGAGGCAAGAAUAUUGUCAGAAAGUGACAGUGAUUUCGAAUUCAAUCCAAGGGAUGACAAACUAUGCGGUCUAGUUCAAUCCACUGUGAGUAUUCAUGUCACUGAUCCUGCUGGAGAAGAACAAGGCGCAACUGAAGAUCCUUUUGAUGAUCCUGGCUUAACAUCUCUCAGGCCUAUUCACAGAGAUCUGCUAGGCGGAAGUACAACAGACCUGUCUACGCUUGGACAUAACCCAAUAGAGCCAUCAUCUACAACAGAAGAACUAAUCACUUAUGAAGAGUAUACUGAUCCUUUUGAUACAUCAACUGUAGAUGUCAAGGCUGCCCCAGGAAAGGCUGAACUGAAAUUUUUGGAGGAAGAGAUUUUAGGUGAUGUUCAAGAAUCAUUAAGGAGGAGCUUAAGUGAUCCGAAUUUUAACCCUCGAGACGACGAACAAAGUACUGAAACACUUGAAAGUCAAGCUUCAGCUGAUGUACUGCCAGAGAAACCGGAUUUAUUAAAUAUACAUAGUACAUCAGUUCCUCAUAAAGUCGUUGCAUUCGAUCUUCCAACACCAUCUUCAAGACCCGAUCUUUUGUCUUGCGGGAAAGAAGAGGGUGAUAGUUUUGGGAAACCAUUAACUCCUUACUAUGCCGAUGUAAAUGUAGAACAGUUGUAUAAAGUAGCUGAAGAAGUAUUGGAAGAAAAAGUUGAUCCUUUUGAUACUUCAUUUGUUGAGAAAAUAGCACCGGGAAAGGCGGAACUUAAGCUAAUAGAAAACGAAUUUGUGGGUGAUGUGAAUGGGUUAACACAUAGCCUCUCGGAUUCUGAUUUUAACCCUCGAAGUGAGGAAGGCCAGUCGUGUUCCCCAAAACCACAGUCUUCAACAAAUCAACUCGGUCGGAGAUUUUCUGAUUUUAUCGGUGACCGGAAAGUAACCCCUCCAAAUAGUCUUCCAAUCAGAACAACCAUCGUCACUCCUAACGUGCCACCAAUCCCAUCCGCAGAAACUCCACCUAUCAAGCCAGAUCUUCUUGCAGUCGAGGAUACAUCAGUUUCAACCAAACUCUUAACUCCAGCAGUGGACAAGAAAGAAAUUGAACUGUCAGAUUAUUUAGAUCCUUUCGAUACAUCAAUAGCAAGCAAUUUAUUGCCGGGAAAAGCAGAACUUAAAGUGCUGGAAAGUGAACUUGUAAUAAAAGAAACUGCAGAAUCUUCUCUACGGAGAAGUUACACAGACCCUGACUUUAAUCCACGUGAACCUAAAAUUCAGGAAUUCCCUGAGUCUUCAGAAAAGCCUGACCUUCUGAAUAUAACUAGUGAAGGAGCUUCUGGUGUUAAGCCAUUGACACCUCUUCUUGAUAAGAAUGAAGAUUUUGGUACUGUGAAUAAUAGUAAUCACGAUUUUGAUCCAUUUGAUACUUCCUUGGUGAGUAAUCUAGCACCGGGUAUAGUCGAGUUGAAAAUACUUGAAUCAGAACUAAUAGGUAACUAA